AUGUAUAUUCUCAAUAGAAAAUUUGUGCUGGGAGCAUUCCUGCUGACAGCUGUGACGUCGGCUAGUGCGAAUGAGGUUGCAAGUGAAGUCGAGAGAGACUUGAUUUCAUUCCAAGCUUUCGAUCAACUUCUUCAACAAGAUCCUCCUCCCACUGAUCCACCAACAAGGUCACCUGUGGAUGACAAUGGCGAGGGUGUACCCCGCACACCUCCUCCAUCGCCUCCGCCAACCGUAACACCCACGGGAUCGAGGGCUCCGUCAAUUUCCAAUGCACCUACUUCUACCCCGUCUAAGGAUCCUAGUUCGCAGCCUUCUGGAGCACCCUCUGGUAUGCCAACUGCUACGCCCUCCAGUUCCCCGUCGAAGGUCCCAUCCACCUCUCCUUCCAACUCUCCAAGUUCAACGCCCUCAAACGAACCAUCGGGCAUGCCUUCAUCAUCACCAUCCCAUGAGCCAACGGGAAGUCCUUCUAUGAGUUCGCGACCGUCGAUUCGAGGCCCAACUGCCAGUCCUAGUUCAACUCCUUCCAGCAACCCAUCGAGCAACCCUUCCUCGGCACCAUCUGGCGCACCCAGUGCGUCUCCUUCCCGCAACCCAACAAGCACACCUUCAGGGGCACCAACCGGCGCACCGAGCGUGGCCCCUAGCAACAUGCCGUCCUCAGUACCAUCAUCCGAGCCAUCGAGCAACCCUAGCAGUUCGCCUUCUAGAGCGCCAUCCCCACUGCCAUCAUCGGGGCCAUCGAAGAAUCCUAGCAGUUCGCCUUCUAGGAUGCCAACGGGUUUGCCAUCCAUCAACCCUACAGGAUUCCCUUCGAUUCCACCCUCGAGAAAUCCAACCAAUAACCCCACCCCAAAUCCGACACCUUUUCCAACACGCAGACCCACGCCUGCCCCUACCUUUGCUCCCACUUCUUGUCCAAAUCCCACGGCAUGUUUGCGAUUCCAAGACCAAGGAAAUACUGGUUUCUUUGCGCUUGAAAGGUGUGCUGCAUCUUGUGAUUUCGACAUUCAAUGCAAACAAGGCCUUGUUUGCUACAAACGAAGUCGUGGUCAAAGAAAUGUUCCAGGAUGCAUCGGAAAUGCUGAUGAAGUUGGUGUUGGAGACUGGAACUAUUGCGUCACUCCUCCAAGCAAUCAAUUGGUGCUUCUUGGAAAUCUACGACAGCCGGCUUCAGCCUACCCAUUGCGCCGUUGUGCUGGAGAUUGCGAUAACGAUGGCGACUGUGCCGCCGGACUUUUCUGUUUCGAACGAAAUGGAGGUGAAAAUGUACCAGGAUGCAUUGGAGGCGGCCAACCUGGAUUCGACUACUGCUACAAUCCUGGGAGUGGUUUCGAGCGUCUAAUUGUUUACCCACAACAAGAAUUUGACUAUUAUGAAUUGUUCCAGUGCGAAGGAGAUUGUGAUUUCGACAGUGACUGUGCGAUUGGAUUUAUUUGCUUUGAGCGAGAAGGCGGAGGCAGCGGAAGCGUCCCAAGAUGUGUCGGUAAUGCCAACGUGAUUGGCUUUGGAAAUGAUGACUUUUGCAUCCCACGGCCGAGGACCGACACGCUUAUGAGUGUUUACGAAAACGAAGUAGGUGGUGAUGUAGCUGGCGGAGGCGUUUAUCCCAUCCCUCGUUGCGCUGGAGAUUGCGACGUAGAUGCUGAUUGCCAAGGCGCCCUUACUUGCUUCCAACGCGCAGGAUUCACUGCCGUGCCGGGUUGCACAGGAACAGGAGAGGAAGAUUACGAUUACUGUAUCUAA